AUGGCUGCCAAAGCGUCAAAUUUGACCAACUCUAGCUGCGACUUUGUCGUCGCCACUACUCAGGCUAGUAUUAACUCCGGUCUGCUGGAGCUUCUCAACGAGGAGACCCAACCGAAACAAUAUGUGUGUUUUGUGAAAAAAAGCCGGAAGGACCCUGCCGAGCAAAUCAGCUUGGAGGAUUUGUUGGUCCAGACCGAGGGGGUCAACCCAUUCUAUAUCCCCGAUCAAACCCCCGAAGAUGACGAGCGGAUUUCAAAGCUUAAAGGUGCCCAUUUCAAGGCAGGUGUCAUGCUCCAGAUGGGUAUACCAGAGGGCUAUACGCGCCAGAAUUUGCCCCCGAUAGUCACUCUCAAGACGGCAGACAGUGUAACCUUCAACUUGUAUUGCAAACAGGCGAGAGUGGUCUCGAUGGAAUUUGAUGAGGACGGUGCCUUCUUGAGCGUCUGCGAACAGCCCAAGGGACCCUCUGGCGAUCUUUGGACCAUGACGAUGUCUGUAGAUCUCACCACUGCAGGCCUUGAUGACAAGCUUAAUACCGAUUAUUUCAACAGAAAUCUAAAACUCAAAAGCCAGCUACUUAAGGCGCUUUACAACCUCUCCGGCACUGCAUUCAGCCUCCAGCAGCUACUCUUUGACUUUGACAACGGUCUGUUGGAGAAAACUCCCAAUUUCUCCAACGUGACGAACAAGCAAGCAAAGUUUUACCUGGAAGAAUAUUUCCGCGACAUAUACGUCAAGGCGGCCAAAGAGCAGGGCCUUUCGCUGGUCGCUGUCACUGUCGUCUCGCAGGACCCCGAUACCUCCUCGCUCCACAUGACCGGAUUUGAACGAACGGUGACCAAGGUGGGCGCCAAUAACGGCGAGGCCUCGACCCUGAAUUACCUGUGUGCCAUCAAUAACCACUCGGUGCCAUCGCCAAAUACAUAUUUUGACUGGAACUGGGUGUCACCGGAGGACAUUAAUCAGGAAAGCGGGGUGAUUGCCAUCAAUCGUAACAUUCUAGCCCAGCACAUUGCCGAAAAGCUAAAGCCUGCGUGUGCAGAAUCCUGCUACCUACCGAUAGUCAGUGGGGAAUAUACUAUGGAACUAAGGGGCGGACAGGCUCCCACAGUCACAUUCCCACCGGAGGGCACCAAAGUUAUACAGUUCAAGUACGCCACUGAUACGUGGAUCCCGGCCACUGUGAAGGGCAUGGCACUUGACGGCUCAACUGAGAUGGUCCGGAUUAACAUUAGUCCAGAGUAUGACUGUGAUGUUUACUUCAACCGAAAUAUAAUCGUCGUCGACCAAAAGUUAUGGAUCCUCAUUAUUUAUAACCCUGAUGAAAGAGGCGGCGGAGCAGGGCGGUCUCUAGUGAAGCGAGGCGUGACUGACACAUACGAGAUAUCGGCUGAUCAGACAGGGGCCUUGCAUCUGACUCGAACGGAUGAAAAAACAUGGGACGAUUCCACCACCGGGAAUCCAGGGGACGACCCGGGCUGGAACAUUUACGACUAUCUGAAUCAGAAGUUCCGGGAUCAAAUAUACGACCUUGCCUCGGGCCGGCUUCACGAAUUCCAAAUCAGCCAAAUCGAGAACUUUGUGUUCCCUGGUGCCAGAACUUUUACAUACAAGGAGCCCUGCUUCUCCGAUCACCAGGAUCUCGUCUGCAAGAUAACUUAUCUUGACCCCCAUGAGGUUAGCCCAUCCCAGGACCCCAAGAAGCCCCAAGGGACCCAGGAAGGCGAAGACGAUCAGACAUCUGCUGAGGAUCCGCCUCCUCCCUCCCCGCUUCCUAUCCAAACUGGCACCGUUGGGAAGCUAACGGCAUCCACAGCGUUGAUGCAAAACUACAUCCAAGGGGAGAUUGUGUCUCCCACGGGCAAAUUCGAGGCGCUCCAGACUGGGGAUGGCCAUGCCCUGCUUUUCGGAAUCGACUCAGCCGGGGCUUUCCAUGUCAUUGAGGAACAAAGUGGGACAUUACACACGGGAUGGCAGGUCCACGACCUCUCAACUGCAGCGAUUCAAGUUCAGUUCCCUGGUGAAACCCGGGCGGUUGUUCGCACAUUUGAUGUUGGCCAAAGCGUGGUAGAUGGAAGCAUUGGGCUUAUGAUGGCUGUCCAGCUCGAUGGUAAUGAUCAUCUUUUCUUCUCGUUAGGUAAUUCUAAUGAAGAUCUCUCCUGGAUCACCAGCUCUCACUGGACCAUGGUGCCAUUCGAUCCUGUUAACGAGGUUCCUCAGAAGAUCGCUGUUCGUGGGGCACUUUUCGCGGAAACUGAGGAAUGUAAGCAAUACUUGGUGGUGGACAUUGACCGACCCUCACAAAACGCGACCGAUCCGCAUAUUGCGCGGUAUCAUAUCGAUUCGGCUUGCAUAAGUGGCCACUACUGGGUUAAACACGAUGUAACCAUCGAUCUCGCCGCCUCGAGCUAUCAAAGUGCCGUGGGUCGGAUGCGGGGGAAGCCGGUUGAUGGCAUCUACAACGCGGGCACGAGCGGGACUGGAGGAGCAGGACAACUGAUUUAUGAACCCGUAAUAAACGCAUAUGGAGACGGCCCUGCUGCCCCGGUGCGCUUGGAACUGCCCGGCGGGGCCAUUCCGUCGGCCAUCGCCACGGCUCACAGUGAUGGCCAGGAUGGUAGUACGGAUCUCUACACGGUCGGGGGCUCCACCCUGUAUUGCUUCCCAGCGGACUGGGAGGAGGGCGUGAGUGAACCACUAGCACUGUGCACAAGUGACUUCCUAGCCGGAACCGACACUCUCCGGGCCAUGACCCAUGGGGGCAUCACGACCCUGUGGGGACGUAAUCAGAGCAAUCAGGUGUACUACCUCUCAAGUCCGACCAGUCAGGUCUUUACCCCGGCGGCGUGGAGUGCGCCUGUUCCCAUCCUCACAGAGAUUGAGCAUAUGUCUGCCUAUGUAAACUGCGCUGACGGAGGGAACACAAUCUUUACCGCUGGAAAUGGGCGGCUUGAGAGGAUCAUCCAGGGCUCCGAGGCUACCGGAAGGGUUUGGCGAACACAUGAGAUUGUUAUUGCUGCACCUCCGCAGCAGAAAUGUAUCAGUAUCCGCUCUUACACGACCACUAUCCACGCCACACAAUCUAACGGCAAGUCCCCGAUCCCCAAGGCCACGGUCCAGCUGUCUUCCAACAGCCGGGCUCCGGUAUAUAUCAAUGGGAUUUACUACGUGCUAAAUCCCGUAACUCCUGUCCUGGUCUCUGCCGAUGCGACAGGAACGCUUACGGUGGUCGAGACGAUAGACAGCCUCCAAGCCGCCGUGCUGACAGUGUCUCUUGCCAACACAACCCUCGUCGUCAACCCGAUGGACAAUACAAUGGCCAAAAUAAACGAGCUGAGCUCCGCAGAGAAACUCCGCGGCGCGCAGGUCCCCACUCAGAUAAUUGCUGGUGGGAUCAUGGAUUCACCCGGCCUGACACUCCUAGUGGAUCCAUCCACUAACGACGAGGACGUGGAGGCAGUCGCUCACAGCCUGGGUCUCCUGAAGGAUGCCUAUGACAAGAUCCGUGACCCAAGCAAAACACCCAGCGUCACUGAGACCUCCAUAUGUCGUGAUCCCCAGCCACAGGCGCUGGUCAGAAGUUCCGUGACCCACCUUGCGAGGGCCAAGGCCACCAACUUCGGGGUCUUCGAUGAUUUCUGGCACACUCUUGGGACAGCCUGGGGCGAUUUCAAAGACUGGCUGGGCUCAGUGGGGGAUGCGAUCGCUGCUCCCUUUGGAGACCUCUGGCAGGGAUUGAAGCAUGAAGGCGAGGCUUUCGGCCGGCUUUUCUGCGACGCGGGCAGUGGUCUCUGGCACUUUGUCGUGCGGAUUGGCGGCAAGGUCUUCCACACGGCACUGGAUACCUGGCAUUCAUUCAUCGGCGCUGCAAACUGGCUGAUUGGGAAAGUGGUCGACUUUGCUAAGAACGCGUGGGCCUGGUUCCAAUCCCUGCUCAACUGGCCUGAUAUUCGGCGAACCAAGCAGGUCGCGCACAACGUGAUCCGUCUGUGGAUGCAACACCAGGUGGAUCAGAUCCCUGAAAUCGCCCGCCGGUGGGAUCAAACCAUCACUGAAUUUAGAAAUACCGUCAACCAGUUUGCUGGGAUCACUGAUUUUAGUCCCCUUGAUGAUAGUAACAAUGUGCUGAAGAAACCUGCUACGGAGGGAGCGGCGAACCCUAACGAGUGCCAGACCCCGGACUCCCUACUGCUUGCCAACAAGUACCGAGAUCAUGCACAUGAGCUCACGAUUCUCGGGGAUAACAGCGCGACGACCGACGGAGUAGAAGGGUUGCUGAAUGAUCUGCUGACCGCGAUCUCCCAGGAGGGCGCUAUUCUGGGGGCGGUAUUGGACCAACUGCAAAAGCUCAUCAAGGACUUUUCCACCCUCAGUAUAGAAGAAAUACUCAAGCGGCUGAUGGGCAUUGUGGCUGAUACCGUGCUGUCCAGCGUACAGGUGGUGGUUGACGCGCUAUUAAAAGUCCUCCAUACCGUUGCGCAAUCCCUUGUUAACGUGCUGGAUACCAAGGUCCAUAUCCCUGUGAUCUCCGAUCUCCUGAACCUUGUUGGGGUGCCUGACCUGUCCUUUCUUGAUCUCUUCGCCUGGAUUAUUGGCAUGGCGUACACUGUGGUCUACAAGAUCACCCACAACAAACAAGCUCCUUUCCCCGCUCAUGAUAACACAGUGUCCGCCAUGAUCUCCGCAAACUCCUGGGGAGAGCUUACCGCCCUGUUCGGGCAGCCCUCUGACCCCGGGUCCUUCUCCUCCUUCGCUGCUCGCCCCAGCCAGCUCGCUACCUCUUCCUCCGCCCCGGAAACGUAUUGGUUCCGCCACGGCCACACCCUGGCUGCUCUUGUCGGGAUCCCUCUUACCGGGAAAGCGAUGGCCGACGCCGAAGGCGAAAGUAUGCCCACGCAGGCUGCCGUUGCGGGGUUCGUGCUGACAGUGACCGCCGCGGGCCUGCAAGCCAGCGCCAACCUCUUCUCUCCUCGAGACCCCAUCACCAAUAAGAUCAUCACUUAUUCCUCGGAUGGCGUACUCGCCAUCCGCCUCGGCUGCCUGGGUUACUUCUCCGGGGCAUUUAAAUCGGUCACAGAGUGGAUAGGGGGCAAGGUGCGAAUGCCGAAAAUCGGCAAGCUGCAGAUCAAAAAUGCCCAGGGCAUUGGGGCCAUCGUGGAUGCCGUUCUUGUGCUUCCGAGUAUCGCGGUCACUGGAUGGCACAUCGGCGAGUUGAUACAGAAGCCUGCGGGCAAGGUCCGGUCCGCGGCUAUUUUGGAGGAAUGUGGGAAUGUGGUCAGCUAUAUCUCGCGGGCUUCAACCGCGAUCGCGCUCAACGAUCCCGAACCGGAUUCUAAGGAAAUUGCAGUGGGGUUGGCAGGUGCGACUACCAUGAUUGUAGCGGGAUUUCAGUUUGCGGAGGCGGAAUGGUGUUGA